AUGGACAAUUCUACCAAUACGCCAGGAUCUGAAUGCACGGUCCUCGACGAGCACGAAUCAUCGAGUCAAGGCGAGGACGAGCUAGAGCAAGCUUUGUCCCGCGUGAAUGAGCUACUGGACGAGGCCACGCAAGGGAUGGAGGACGAUACCCUUACAAGCGCGGUCGCUGUGCUACGGGAGACCAUUCGCGAUGAACAGAACGAGGAAGCGCGGACAAAGGCUGAGAUCACCCUGAUCAAAGCCCUUGUAACCCGGUUCGCUCGAUAUGGAUGGGUGAAUGACUUGGAUGAAGGAGUGGAGCUUUUGCUGAGGGAGAGGACAAAUCCAGCCGCAUUCACAGAUGAGGACUGUGCUGGCAGUGCCGCCUCCGCCCUCGAUUCACUUCGAGAUUACCGAGAAUCCAUCGACGUGUCCAAGCUAGGAACCGCCAUCGCUAUCGCCAGCGAAGCUCUCGCUUCCGAGUGUCAUGGUGCGACCAAACGUCGAGGCGAACUAUUGCUGCGGGCUGGGAAUGCCCUCGUUUUGAAGUACCUGGUGUCCGAUGACGAGGGAGACCUGGCUUUGGCUGAGGCGUCCUUUCAAUCUGCUAAGCAGGUUUUCCGGAGCGGUGAUCCAAUGCUGUUCACUACGCUUCUCAAUCUCCAGCACAUUGCGUCCAUCAAGCUAGUGGAUUGUAAAGGAGAGAAGUCGGUCGGGUUGCUGGACUUAAAGCAGUGGCGGGACGAAAUGGAGGCCGAGGACGAAAAAGGGAGGAACGCGUACAUGCUGGGAACCCAGUUGAUGGGGGGCGAUAAACCUCAGUUGGAGGAAUCAAUCUUACAGUUCCAACAGUCCCUUUCAUUCCGGCCGCCAGGGCAUCCAAGACGUCACGAUACACUCGCAAAGUGUGCCAUUGCUCUAGGUACCCGGUUUCGCUCCACCAGCGACUUCUGUGACCUGGAACAAUGCAUCACGCUGGGCAGGGAAGCGCUCUCGUACCGCCCUUCAGACCACCCCCAGCGUCCCAUCUCAGGCAACAACCUCGCAAGCUGGCUUUUCACCCGGUUCCAGCGAAAAGGCGAGUUAGACGACCUGAAAGAGAGCGUCACGCUGUACAGGGAAGCACUCGAUCGCCUCCCUGCAGGCCACCCAUUUUGCCUCAAAGCGAUUGAAAACCUCGCAAUCUCACUUAUCACCCGGUUCAGGCACAGAGGCGAUUUACAGGACCUGGAAGAGGGUGUUUCGCUGCGCAGGGAGGCGCUCGAACUCUGCCCUGCAGGUCACCCCGACCACGCCCGUUCGCUCGACAACCUGGCAAAUUCGCUUCUCACCCGGUUCAACCAUGUGGGGGACAUCCGAGACCUCGAAGCAAGCGGUACACUGCACAGGAAGGCACUCGAACUCCGCCCCGCAGGCCACGUCGACCGCCCUCGGUCGCUCAACAACCUGGCAAGUUCGCUGUUCACCCUGUUCCAGCGCAAGGGCGACAUCCAUGACCUGAACGAAAGUGUCGUGCUGUACAGAGAAGCGCUCCAUCUGCGCCCGCGGGGCCAUCCCAACCGGUUUGACUCACUCAGCAACCUGAUCAUGUCGCUUUGCGCCCGCUUCGACCGCAACGGAGACCUCGAUGACCUGGAAGAGCGCAUCUCUCUACAAACGGAGAUGCUGGCUCUCCGGCUUCCAACCCAUCACGAUCGCCCCCGUCUGGUCAUUAACCUUGCAACCUCGCUUUUCACGCGGUUCGAACGCAAAGGGGACUUUGAAAACCUAACAGAGAGUGUCACUUUGUUCAGGGAAGCUGUCAAUCUUAGCCCUGCAGGCCACUCCAGCCGCUUCAGCUCGCUUACCAACCUAGCUAGUUCACUCUUCACCCGGUUUCGACACGAGGACAACAUCUGUGACCUAGAAGAGAGCAUCACUCUGUACAGGGAAGCUCUCGAUCUUUGCCCUGUAUCCGACCGCCCAACCUCACUCAGCAACUUGGCAUCCUCACUUUCCACUCGCUUUUAUCACCAGGGAGACGUCCGCGACCUAGAAGAGAGUGUCACACUGUAUAAGGAAGCGCUUGAACUCCGCCCUGAGGGCCAUCCCGACCGCUUCAGCUCGCUCAACAACCUGGCCACCUCAUUUGCCGCCCGGUUCCAGUACAAGGGGGAAUUCUACGACCUGGAAAAAUGUGUGUCACUGCACAGGGAAGCGGUCUCGCUCCUCCCUGAAGGCCACCGCACCGGUCCCAGCUUGUUCACCAACCUGGCAAGGUCGCUCUUCACCCGGUUCCUACACAAGGGCAACUUCCGCGACCUGGACGAGAGCAUCACACUGCACAGGAAAGUUCUCGACUUCCGCCCUGCAGGCCAUCCUGAUCGCCCCAGUUCGCUCAGCAACCUGGCAAACUCACUUUGCGCCCGCUUCGACCACAAGGGCGACUUCUGCGAUUUGGAAGAGUGCAUUGCGCUGCACAGGGAAGCGCUUGCUCUCCGUCAUACAGACCUUUCCAACCGCUCGACCUCGCUCAGUGACCUGGCAAUCUGCCUUUUCACCCGCUUCCAACACAAAAGGGACUUCUGCGACUUGGAAGAGUGUAUCACGCUGCAGCGGGAAGCGCUCGACCUCAACCCCGCAGGCCAUCUCUCACGCCCCAACUCACUCAGCAACCUGGCCAACUCGUUGCUAACCCGAUUCGGGCACAGCAGCGACUUACGCGACCUGGAAGAGUGCAUUUUGCUUCACAAGGAAGCGCUCAGCCUUCGCCCUCCAGGCCACCCCGAUCACCCCAGCUCCCUUAACAACCUAGCAUCUUCGCUUUCUGUGAGCUUUGAAUACAACGGUGGCACAGGCGACCUAGAGGGGUGCAUCGUGCUCCUGCGGGACGCCCUCCGCGCGUGGUCACAAGCGGGUAUUUCACCUUCAGCCAAGUCUGAUUCCAGUACCCCGUUGGCAGACCAUCCCCUUUCGCUUGCGGCAAUUUGGAACCUUGUAGAAGUUCUCAAAAUCAAGUAUCACGCGACCGACGACAAUGAAAUUCAGGAUGAAAUAUUCCAGCUUCUUAGUUCUGGCGCUCAAUCCCAGGGAUCGCCUCCAUUGGCGAGGCUGCGCCAUGCCAUCCGCUGGAGUUCGACUUGCCGCGUGUUUGGCCGUCUGGACACUGCACUAGAGGCCUACAGCUAUGGCGUAGAUAUCCUCCCGCAGUUAGCCUCCCUCGACCUCACGCUGGAACAACGCCAAAACGUCCUUGUCCAUGCCAAACAUUUGUCGAGGGACGCGGUGCAGUGCGCGAUCGAACAAGGGGAAUUGGAGAAGGCUGUCAUCUUUCUCUCUACCGCACGUUCCGUCUUCUGGUCCCAAGCACUCCAACUACAGGGGAGCCUCGAACAACUUCACGACCUCCAUCCUGAUUUGGCGUCAGAACUGCAUUUGGUUACUCGCCAACUGGAAAUUGCGACCCACCAGAAUGUACGACCUGACUCCAUGUCGGCCCAAGGCUCACCUCCACCUCCAUACCUUCUCGCUCAGAGGAGGGAGGAAAUCAUCGCACAGAUUCGAGCCAUCGACGGCUUCCAUGACUUCCUCCUCCCUCCGUCCUUCGAUAUUCUCAGGAAUACUACCAGAGAGAAUCCCAUUGUCUUCCUUAACGCCAGCGAGUACGGAUGUGACAUCCUGAUCCUCAAAGAGGAUGGUACUUUGCAUCGUCAUCCACUGUCGACUGAUGUGAACCGAAUAGUUGGUCUGUCGGAUGCAGUCCAACAGUUGUCCCAAGGGCGUGCCGUGGGUCAAGAACUCCAACGCAAGGUUGACAACUUUUGCGAAAGCCGAAAUAUCCGUUUGCAGUUACACCGUAAAAACAAAAUGCGACGGACGGUGGACGAUGAUUUCAAGGAGGUACUCGAGACCCUCUGGGAUGUGGUAACGGAGCCGGUCAUCAAAAUUCUGGGUUUGCAGAAGACUGAUAACCCAAAACGAAUCUGGUGGUGUCCAACAGGUCCAUUCGCCUUCCUUCCCAUCCAUGCUGCUGGCGUCUAUUCCGACAACCCUGAAGCAUCCGACUGCCUAUCCGAUUACGUUGUUUCUUCUUAUUGCUCUUCGCCGCAAGACCUCAUAGCCCCGCCGCCAACACCAAAUCUUGACUACGAAAUGCUCGUCGUCGUCGAGCCAGGAGAUUCAGGGCCCCGUACACUCAGCCUUCCAUUUACCUUGGAGGAGUUGAAGAGGAUUCAGCGCCUAGUUCCCGAUGGAAGACAUUUGGUCACCCGCAUAGGGUCAGCAGAGACGCCCUCCAUUCCCGACGCAAUCUUGGGGCACAUCAACACAGCAUCUAUCGUUCACUUUGGUUGCCACGGAUCUCAAGACUUCUCAAGUCCACUGGAUAGCUCGUUAAUGCUCAGUGGAGGGUGUCUGACCAUGCGAUCGCUGAUACGAGGUUGCCGCGCGUCCAAUGCUGCUCUUGCAUACCUGAGCGCGUGUGAGACGGCGAUGGGAGACCAGGAACGUCCCGACGAAUCUCUCUCGCUGGCUGGGACUAUGCAGUUCGCCGGCUUCCGAAGUGUGGUCGCAACUAUGUGGUCAAUCCACGACGAAGAUGCACCCCUCGUAACCGAUGUUUUCUAUCGCCACCUCUUCCGUCGUGGAACAGCAGCUCCUCCUGACAUAACCGAUGCAGCGUAUAGCCUACACCUUGCCGUGAAGAAGUUACGCGACCUUGGCCGACCAUUUCACCAAUGGGUACCUUUCGUUCAUCAUGGGAUUUAA